AUGUCCAAAACAAAGAAUGUUCCUUCUUCUUCUUUUUUGCCUACUCACUCAUUCAAACCGUUCUCAAUCAAAUUAUUACAAGAAAUUAAAUUGAACUUUACACCACAGGUGUGGGCACUAAUCUUUUCCUUUUUACCUUCGGAAGAUAUUUAUUUUGGAGCGGGUUGUGUGUGUAGAAAGUGGAAAGCACAGUUUAUGGAUCCAUUGAUUUUGAGUGGAAUACUUCAAUCAGAGCCUGCUGCUGAUUCAUCGUCAAUGGCAUCCAGUGAAAAGAAGAAGAAUCAAUCAUCAGAGUGGCCUCAGCAACAGUUUCUACGAAAAAGACAAUUUAUUGAACGUUACAAAUUACUGGUGAGAAAUUACCUAUUGAACGAUUUGGCUCAAUUACUUCGAUAUUCAUCGGAUCAUGCAGCAUUUGAGGUUUUGAUUAAUGAUGAGAGCGGAAACGAUGCAAUAAUGUCUACACACAACUUUUUAAAACAACGAACUCUUGACAUUCAAAAGUUGGAUGCUCUCUCGACUAAAGUGAGAAGUAGCCUCAUUAAAUCUGUGAUUGGAGAUGAUCGAUCGAGCACAAGUGGUGACCUAUUUGGAGGUGUGAGUGUGAAACCUGUAACGACCUCCACAAGUUUUACCUUGACAAUCGAUGAAACAAGUGACAAUGAAGAAAAAACAAGCUUGCUACAUUCAUAUAAGAGAGUUCGAGUGUCUAGUUUUGAAAUUCAAGAACCAAUUGUGAAUGAUCUACUAAAUACUCGAUGGAAUCAUUAUUUUUCAAGAUUUGUGUGGAAUCGAACAAGUCCAAUCUCUCAUGUUUCUGAUGUCCAUGAUGACAUAUCACAGAGUGAAAAUAAUGCAAGUGGAUUUGGUCGAGUGAUACAAUCGAUUAUGAAUAUGUUUGGAUGCAGCAUGGAAAAUGAUCUUGCAUUGAGUGCACGUUUCUCUCUCAUACAAUCCUCACUCGAGAACAGUCAACAAGAUAAAAACUUUGCUCUGGUGAAAAUUUCGUUGUUUAUUAAUGGAGAAUUUGGAAGCUUUAUUUCUGAAGGUUAUAAUGAAGUGGGUUUUGAUUUCAUGGAGAGAAGCUUCAAAAUUGGAAAUAUGAAUUAUUUAUGCAAGUUGAAUUUGUGUGGUGGUGGCAAGCGUUUUGUAAGCGGAGGUUUGGCACAAACAAAGAAUUCAGAUUUUAUCAUUUUAUGUUGUACAAAUCCUGAAAAAGACUUGGAAAUGUAUCAAGAAUACUUUGACAUGUAUGGUACAAAUAUUAUGUGUGAAUAUUUGGUGGUCCAUCUGAAACAAGCUUCAUCAAGCAGUAAGAAUGUGACUUCAUUAACCAAGCUGACUCAAUUUGCAAAACACACACUCAUGUCACCAUGUAUUUCACUUGAGCGACAAACUUUUGCAUCGAACAUUGCAAUCCUUUAUUGUCUGUUUUUGCAUUACUGUCUCUGCAACCACACUUUUUGUAAGGAAAAACAACACUAA